CGUUUUCGUUUCCUCGUCCUGGCGAGCGGAGCGUCCCGGGGCGGGGCUGUUCGGGGCCGUCCCGCUUAGCGCAGCUCCGGCCCGGGGAGGCAGCGGCUAUGGCGUUGGCCGUCCAAGUUCUGCGGCUGCUGUGCGACAGCGGCGGCUGCCUGGAGCAAGGCGAGCUCCAGCGGCGGCUGCCGGGCCGGCCCACGGCGGAGCAGAUGGCGCUGGUGCUGCGGGACGCGCAGCGGUUCACGCUGGUGCGGCGGACCGGCGAGGCGGGGGCGGCGACGGUGGUGGUGGCCACUAGCCCCGUUCGGCUGUGCCAGGAGCACGGCGCGGGCUGCGAGGGGCAAUGCGGGCGGCUGCACCUCUGCAAGUACCACCUGAAGGGACUCUGCCGCAACCAGCGAGCCAGGAAGGAAUGCAGGUUUGUUCACAACUUCCACUCAGACCACAAUCUCUGUGUUCUAAAGGAAUAUGGACUUGAGUGUUUAAACAGUGAUGAACUUCGCCAGCUUUUACUUCAAAAUGACCCUUCCCUCUUACCAGAGGUGUGCUUGCAUUAUAACAAAGGUGAUGGACCUUCUGGAUCUUGUACCUAUAAGAAGAUCUGCACCAAACUGCAUGUUUGCCAGUACUUUUUGCAGGGACAGUGCAGAUUUGGCAGCAGCUGCAAGCGAUCCCAUGACUUAUUUAAGUCAGAAUGUUAUGAGAAACUGGAGAGACAGGGAAUGAGCUCAAACAUUAUUGAGAAACUACCCUCCAUUUAUAGGAAUAUGUAUGACAUAAAAAAUGGCAACAGGAACACGUGUGACGUAGAAGAUGCCAAGUCUUCUCCAUGCAAAGAGAGAAAACACAGUUCUAGCCGAGAGUCCUCAACUACAGAUGGUGAUGGAUUGGAACAGAUCUGUUUAUAUCACCUGUACCGAAGUUGUGGCUUUAAAGACAAGUGUAUCAGAACUCAUUUUCACUUGCCAUAUAGAUGGCAGAUCUCUGAUGGUAAUACCUGGAAGGACUUCAAGAAUAUGGAAGAAAUAGAAAAAGCAUAUUGUGAUCCCCAUAACACCAGAUUUAAUAAUGGUGUUACUGAAAGUGGCUCUGUGUUGUCACGUAUCUGUUUUGUGAAUAUGUGCUGUGGGUUUGCAAAGGUUAGACGUCUUUCUACGCCCUCCUCUGUGACCAAACCCUCUCACUUCAUUCUUACAACAGAAUGGAUCUGGUACUGGAAAGAUGAAUACGGCCGGUGGAAGGAGUACGGAAAAAAAGAUGAUGAUCAUGCAGCUGCCACCAUCUCCAGUGAAGACCUGGAGAAAGUUUAUAUAGCCGAAAGUUCUCCAAAGCUGAACUUCAAAGCUGGAAGACAUGAAUAUGAAGUUGAUCUUGGAGCCAUGAUUCAGAAAAACCUUCACUACACAACAGAGAGAGAGAUUUGCAGAAGACCUAAAUUUGUCUCACAGGCAGAAGUAGAAAUGACAAGAGCAAGGGGCUUUAAACAUACAGAAGAGUUUAGGGGCAUUCCAGCUCACUGGGACAAAUCUGCCCUGCCUGAACUGGGAUUCAAGCUGGUUGAGCUUGACAGUUCUUCUGAAGAAUACAAGAAAGUCAAGGGGGACUUUCAACGCACAAUGCCCAAAAAAGUUAUUAAAAGGAUUUGUAGAGUUCAGAACCCAUCUCUCUGGGAACUGUAUCAAUGGCAGAAGGAACAAAUGCAGAAGACAAAUGGUGGAAAGGCCGUGGAUGAGCGAUUUUUAUUUCAUGGGACCAGUAAAAAAUACAUUCAUGCCAUCUGUCAGCAAAACUUUGACUGGAGGAUCUGUGGCCUUCAUGGGACAGUCUACGGCAGAGGAAGCUAUUUUGCAAGGGAUGCAUCUUAUUCUGACAACUACUGCACGGAAGACUUACACACCAAAACCAUGUUUCUGGCACGGGUGCUGGUGGGAGAGUUCACUCCUGGUAUUUCUUCUUAUAUUCGGCCUCCCUUGAAGGACAACCAAAACUUUUAUGACAGUUGUGUGAAUUGCUCUUCAAACCCUUCUAUCUUUGUCAUCUUUGAGAAGCAGCAGAUUUACCCAGAAUAUCUCAUAGAAUACACUGACCAGGCAUUCGCAAAAAUGCUAUAGCAGCAAAACCUCUUAUCAUUAUGUUUAGCUGGUAUAAACAUUUUUUUUAGUGUUGGCUUAAGGGGAGAAAAAGUGAUUUUUAGAAGCUGUGUAAUUAGUAGGUGAGUGUUCAGAAACAUGCUCUGGCCUUCCUGCGCAAUAGAAAACAAGGGGUAAAAAGACACACAGGAUGUCUUAGAACUCUUAAAAUCCUAAUGUCUGUCUGCUGUUCUUUAGCAGAUAUCACGUUUCCCUGCAUUACUAGUGACUUUAAUUUGUUGAAUUCACUGAUGGUUGUAACAUGAGCACAGGUUAUGACUGCCAAGUUUAGACAAUAUUUAGUUAUAAUUGUUUCAGGACAGAUCUUUACAUGUUCUUGUUGGUCAGAGGUUGUCUCCUUCUACCUGUUUAUCUUUUUAACUCAAAAUUUGAUAAAACCCACUUUUUUUAAUAAUCUGUUUCCUGUAACAGUAGACAUCCAAGUGUUUGCAAAUGAGACUGUACAGUCCUUGUCUCUAUGCUCUACUCAUCGCAUAAAUUCUUAGCAGCACUGUUUUUUUGGUCCCUACUUAAUCUUCACCAACAAAGCCUCAAAAAUUAAACUUACUUGUUGAAAAGGAACAGGGACUUAUUUAUAUUUGUUAAUUUUCUCAUUUAAAACAAGUAUCAAAAACAGGAAGCAUAGCAGGGGUUUCUUGGUGUGCCCUACUCAGUUGACUUACUCUAUUAAAUAAAUGAUGUGGUUUAGGUCUGUGAUAACACAAGUUUUUCAUGACUUUCACUGUGCCUACAAAUGAGAGCGUGCUGGCAGGUGCCAGGGGGAAGACAAGCAGGCAACUCACCCUGUCAUUUAAGAAUAUAAUACUUAGGAGUGAAAUACACUGCUUGCACUGCUUGAUUAGCAGUACUCGGUUUCUGUGGAGCAACUUUAUGUUUCUCUGAGUGAGUGUCUCUCGUUAGGUGCAUUGCCCUUUUGGUUGCAGGAGAUACACUGGUUACCUGUGUAAUCAAGGUGUCUUUGGACUUUCUUGCAGGAAAAACGUGCUUACCUGGGUGCGGUCUUCAGCCACAGAGCUGAAACCUUUAAAAAUCUGAAGACUAAGUUGAAUAUUUAAUCGUUCCCAGCAAAAGAUGUUACUAGUGUUGAGCUGUCAGCAUACAUGCAUGCAGAUAAUAAAAAAAUUUGAACUGUCAAGCAUUUCUUAUGAUUAAAGUUGCUGAUGCAUAGACAGAUACUUUACCACAGCUUUAAUGCUCUUAAAUGACUAUGUUAGCUACAGAGUACGCAAAAGCCUUAAGAUAUACUUUGUAUAGGACAAAAAAAAAGCUCAUCUCUACUUGUAUUGUAGAAGCACUUCUUUUUAAUUCAUCUGGAUGAGGAUUGACAGGUGUACACUGGGUAACUAUUACUUCAUCACUGUGAAGCAGGAGCUUAGCCAUGAUUAGCUGGAGUAAGGUUGUGCAGAACUCUGUUUUAUAUGUAAAAUUGGCAGCGUGCUAUCUAAAGGAAAAUACUCCUAUUCGUGUUUAAACCCAGUAAAACAUGGAAUGUGGAAAAGUGAGUUGACUGUAUUCUUUCUUUUGGAAGAUUUUUAAUAGAACAUACAUGAUAAAUCUCAUGUAAGCAAAUCUUAUAUUCAUUGAGGAGGAUAACAUUAUGUAUGAAAGCUUUUAUAUCUGUGCAGAUUUUUCUGGCAAAACAAAAAACGUGUUCAUCUACAUGUUCAUGGCAAAUGAGAAUAAUGCUACUAUGCUUUUCUUCCUCUGAACAUAACCAGCAUUUCAGCUAAAAACUGGAAUAGCUAAAGUCAUGUUAAUCUUUUGCCAGAAAAUUGAAACAAACAUUUUUUUUUUUUAAUGCAAAGAGUUGGGAUAUUUUUUAAUAACAUUUUUGAUGGCUAGUAAUAUUUUUGAAACCUCUAACUUCAUUCUUGGAGGGGAUGCGUAAGGGUGUGUGUAUCUGUGUAAGUAAUAACUGGAGUAAAAUGGCUGGUUGUGAUACUUUGUCAUCUGUUAUUUCGCCAUUAACACACAGAAAAGUUACCAUGUUUUUCACUUUUGAAACUGUACUGGUAACUUUCUUGUGUGUGGUAAAUAAAGAGGUAUUCAAACCACUAAAUUCCUUGUAAUGGUUUUCUCUCUCUCAAUACUAAAAGCACCAUGUUUCUGAGUUCUUGGAGACUGUCUUAAAGAUGCUGCUGUUUAUUAAUGGAGUCCCUGUACAGCUGCUUGGCUUGCAUUUGGAAAUGAACACAUUAAAGAGUUGUUUGCAUUAAAUCUAAACUUUAGAUGAAAAUUGAUAUUGAACCUCUUUUCUGAGUCAGGAGGAUAUCUCCUGGCUGCUUAAGACAAGAAGCUAAUCAGGAACAGUGUAGUAAUCUCUCCCUCACUCCUACACCACGUGAGAAGAAAGAUAAGCUGUGAAGGUUGUUUCCGUUUUUGGUAACAGAUCCAUCCUGGCAAGACAGACGGCAAGCCAGCAGAAGCCAAGCAACUUUGCUACACCAGCAGUGGAGCUUGGUUGUUUAUGAGCCCCUGGCACUCCCACCACCCCCACCCACUGGGCUAGGCAGGGGUCUGGCAGCCAGCCAAGGUCAACCCACCACACCAUGUAAUGAGUUUCACCUGUAGUCAGGUUCAUCAUGAUGUUCUGCCUAGGUCUCAUAAGAUGUGGGUAUCAAAAAUUCUGUCUAUAAGCAACAGCAGCAGCAAGGGAGUGGCAGCGCGCUACCCAGUUCGGAUACCUGCAGCCUGGUGAAGUACGGGUGGUAGGUAAGAGGAACUUAGGUGGAUGGCAUGUACCGGCUAUGGGGGUGUGCUCAGUGCUGUUUGGCUUGGAAAACUCUUUGCUGCUUAGAAGCCAUUGCUCAGAGCUGCCUUUCAGCCAACGGGCAAGUGGGAGUUGUAGAAAUGCUGCUUUACUUGGAGCACUUCCAGCACAAAAUCCAGGAGGGAUGGCUGUUACAUGGCCAGAGUUACUGGUGCUCACCUCUUUUACCCGAGGAUAGGCUUCGUGGGCUAGAAUAGCUCCCCAUACUUCUUGUUUGAGGCCUGGUCACAAAAUCCUCUCUACUUGCAAAAAUCCUAGCAAUUGAGGGACUCCUGCCCCUGCCUUGAAAGCAGCCAUAGCACCCAGCAGUGCAGGGAGCAAGCAUCUUUCCAAAAAGUCUGCUCAGUCUCUGUCAGAAGAAAGACAGUGGGGCCAGUGCCAACCAAGCAAUGAAAUGAACAGUUUAUAAGUCAACUUUAGAUUCUUUUAGCAUAUUUACUACUGUAAAUGCACAGAAGAGUCCGGUAUUAGGUGAUGCUGUGUCCAAGAUGGAAAUAUCAUUUAACGAAAGGGAAACGAGAAGGUGGUCAUUUCAGAAAGUAUCACACACGGAGAGGAAAUUCUGCAGUUUAAUGCCAGGUAAGAAUAGAUAGUUCAAAUUUGCAAUCAGUGAAGCAUAAUAAUUUCAAACACCUAGCUCCGUUAUUCUAGACAGACUAUUUAUAAAGUACAAAACUGUAAAGGUUUUCUAUAUCAGCAGUCUCAUUAAAAAUACCAUUUUAUACUGAUAGCUUUCUGUAAUCUUUGCGAAGUCCCAGAUGUUUUUAAUAGAAGCUUUCCUUUUCCAAGCAGCCUUUGCUUCGUGUCAGCUGUCAGAGAGUGACUAAGUCCCUUUUGUAAAACAGACGUGCCCGAUUUCAAACAAACCCACAGCGCAGCAAUGCGAGACAACACACUUACU